ACCGGGAGCCGGGCAUUUGUUGCUGGCGUGAGCGGCGUUCUGGCCUGAGGUCGGCCCAGGCAGCACCCCGGGGGGUCCCGACCCGAAGUUGCUGUCCGGCCGUGGCAGUUCCGGAGCCUCCCGCCUGCGGCCCGCGGAACUCCCGAGGCCUGGGUGAGCUCCUGACUUCCUUCCUGAGGGCAUAUGGCAUCAUUCUCAGGUGGUGUAAAAGUUUCAGAGCUGCUGAUCCUGAGGGGUGCAAAGCAGAAGGGGCUUCCUCCUGGCUCCCAUUUUCUUCUCUCAGAUUUGGCUUCUGGAGACUUCUCCCAUCCUAAGGGGAAACUGCCCAGAAAGAGGACAUGGCUACUGAACAGAGGGAAGCAAGGUCUCAGCUGUCAGUGACAUUUGAAGAUGUGGCUGUGCUCUUUACGCGGGAUGAGUGGAGAAAGCUGGCUCCUUCACAGAGAAACUUGUACCAAGAUGUGAUGCUGGAGAACUAUAGCAACUUGGUGUCAUUGGGACUCCCAUUUUCCAAACCUGAGGUGAUCUCCCUGUUGCAGCAAGGAGAAGAUCCCUGGAAGGUAGAGAAAGAAAGCCCUGGAGGCUCCUCUGUAGGAUGUAAGAGCAGUCCUAAAACCACAAAGUCAACUCAAACUCAAGACUCAUCAUUUUGGGGGCCAGUAAGGAAAAGACUCAAAAAAAAUGAACCCUGGAACUUCAUAUCAGAAAAACCCUGCAUAUAUGAAGACAGAAUAAAGAAACAGAAGGACAAAAAUGAAAGUUUACAAAUAAUUUCAGUCACCCAUACAAAGAUCCUCACUGUAGAAAGAAGCCAUAAAAAUAAUGACUUUGGCCAGAAUUUCAGCCUGAAAUCAGUGUUUGUUAAGCAACAGAAGAUUGCUAGAGAAAAAACACCCUCAAAAUAUGAAAUGCAAAGAAAUAGCUUCAGGCAGGAUUCAAAUUUACCUAACCAACCAAAAACCAAGACAGCAGAAAAACGCUAUAAAUGUAACACUUGUGAAAAAGCCUUCAUUCACAAUUCAUCCCUUCGUAAACAUCUGAAAAACCAUACUGGAGAGAAAUUAUUUAAAUGUAAAGAAUGUUUGAAAGCCUUCAGCCAAAGUUCAGCUCUUAUUCAACAUCAAAGAACUCAUACUGGAGAGAAACCCUAUAUAUGUAAAGAAUGUGGAAAAGCCUUCAGCCAUAGUGCGUCCCUUUGUAAACACCUAAGAACCCAUACUGUGGAAAAAUCCUAUAGAUGUAAAGAAUGUGGUAAAUCCUUCAGCAGAAGGUCUACCCUUUUUAUACAUCAAAAAAUCCACGCUCGAGAAAAUCCCCACAAAUAUAACCCAGGAAGGAAGGCAUCCAGUUGUAGCACAUCCCCUUCUGGAUGUCAGAAAAUUCAUCUCAGAAAGAAGUCCUAUUUAUGUAAUGAAUGUGGCAACACCUUUAAGUCUAGUUCAUCUCUUCGUUAUCAUCAGAGAAUUCACACAGGAGAGAAACCUUUUAAAUGUAGUGAAUGUGGGAGAGCCUUCAGUCAGAGUGCGUCUCUUAUUCAACAUGAAAGAAUUCACACUGGAGAAAAGCCUUAUAGAUGUAAUGAAUGUGGAAAAGGUUUCACUUCUAUUUCACGACUUAAUAGACACCGAAUAAUUCAUACUGGAGAGAAACUGUAUAAUUGUAAUGAAUGUGGUAAAGCCUUAAGUUCCCACUCAACACUCAUUAUUCAUGAGCGAAUUCAUACUGGAGAGAAACCAUGUAAGUGUAAAGUGUGUGGGAAAGCCUUCAGACAAAGUUCAGCUCUCAUUCAACAUCAGAGAAUGCAUACUGGAGAAAGACCCUAUAAAUGUAAUGAGUGUGGGAAAACAUUCAGGUGUAACUCAUCCCUUAGUAAUCACCAGAGAAUUCAUACAGGAGAGAAACCGUAUCAAUGUCUGGAAUGUGGGAUAUCCUUUGGCCAAAGUGCAGCUCUUAUUCAACAUCAGAGGAUUCAUACAGGAGAAAAACCCUUUGCAUGUAAUACAUGUGGGAAAACUUUUAGGCAGAGCUCAUCACUUAUUGCGCAUCAAAGAAUUCAUACUGGAGAGAAACCCUAUGAAUGUAAUGCAUGUGGGAAACUCUUCAGCCAGAGGUCAUCCCUUACUAACCAUUAUAAAAUUCACAUUGAAGAGAACUUCAAAGUGGAUUUGCAUGUGUGAAAUCCUUAAACCAAAGCUCAUUAGAAUACAGUUGGCCCUGCUUAUCUCUGGGUUCCACAUCCACUGAUUCAAAUAACUGCAAAUUUUAAAUAUUCAGAAAAAAAAUUCCAGAAAGUUCCAAAAAGCAAAAUUUGAAUUUGCCACACACCGGCAACUAUUUUCUUAGCAUUUACAUUGUAUUAGGUAUUACAAGUAAUUUAGAGAUGAUUUAAAGUAUAUGAGAGGAUGUACAUAGGUUAUAAUGCAAAUUCUACACCAUUUUAUAUGAGACUUGAUCAUCCUCAGAUUUUGGUAUCUGUGGGGGGAUCCUGGAAACAGUCCCCCAUGGAUACUGAGGGACAACUGUAUACAUACUUGAGAAUGAUUUAGUAAAUGUAACGAAUAUGACAAAACUUCUAUUUUAAUUUAGUCCUCACAGUUAUUAAAGUCUAAGGAUAAACCUUGACUGUGUAAUAAAUAUGUGGGACACUUUCGUACCUGUGAGUCACUUUUUAAAAUAUCCUGAGACAAAUAAAUCACAAAAUAUUGAUUUUGGCCAUUUGUAAGAUAAAAGGUAAGGUUUUUCUCUUUAUACAGCAUUAUACACUUCAUGCAACAUAUAAACAGAAAAAUCUGAGUGCAGGGGUGCUGGAUUUCUCAUUAGAAACCAACUGUAUAAGCUAAUAGCAUAUUUAUUACAACUAACAUUUUAAUAACAAACAGAAUCUUAAAAUAUAUGCAUUUAUAGAGCCAGGGACCAAAUAAUAGAUAAAAAUAAACUGCAAACUACCUCAGUCUGGAACUUGCCUUUUCCUAAACUGUUGUCAGACUUUGUGCAUGGUUUUCAUCAAAAGAGAGGCAAAACAAAACCCAAAAAACCCUCUGUUCUCUUCCUUCUUUAUUUUUCUAGUUACUUCCAAACUAUACCUGUUUCCCAAAUUUUUUAUGCAAUUUCUAAUUUUGUUUUCAGAAUUAUUUUCUUUGUUGUAUUGAAGUCAUAUUUAUUCUAUAACUGUACUUGCUAUGUUCUAUACAGCGUGCUAAUUUAAGUAGGAAAAAUAUACUUUGAUUAGGUAAUCACUUUAAAGUUAAAGCUAUUUUUUUUAGUUCGCUGCAGAAGAAAUCCUAAGAACCUAUCACCUGUGGCAAAGUCUUAGAAAGGGAUCAAUGUCAUGAAAUAAAAGCAUGUUUUCCCCACUUGAGGUUUUCUAGUUUUUAAAAAUCUCAGACUCCAAAGGAAAAUAAAAGAAGGGAAAGAAUUCUGAACCUUUUAAAAACCAGUUUACUCAGUAAAUGUUUGUUUAACCCCUGAGCCAGGUAUUAUUCCAGGCACUGGAAAUUGUUCAGGAGAAAAGAACAGGCCUUCAAGAAGUCAUGAAUUGAGGGGCAAGAGGAGAGGGUUGAAGACGUAACAAAGUAAGUAAAUUACCAUGUGUUAGAGUAGUUUUCACAGAGAAAUAGAUGAUACAAUGAUACUAUGUUACAGAACACAAAUGCUGUAGAGAUUUGUGCAGGAUGUGGAAAGAAGGAAUGGACCUAGCAAAAGGAGCCUGAAAGGACCAGGGACAGUCAUGCCUGAGCCCAGUUUUGGAAGAAUAAUGGGAAUUCUCCAGAAAGUGAGAUGAGUGCUUCAAGGGGAGGGAGCCACAUAAGCGAAGGUAAAGGUGCGUGACAGCAUGACACGUUUGUAGAACAUCUGUUGAGUCGUGAGAAUGACAGGUUGAAGCUUGAGAAGAAGGCAGAACUGAAGGUCUUACUGCCAUCCUAAAGAACUUGAAUUUGAUUCUGAAAUUUCUAGAACCAAUGAAAGAUUUUAUAUAAGGGAAAUUGUUCUGGCAAUAAGGUGUAGAGUCUGAAUUUAGGAGGUCGAAGACAGCUGAGCAGACAAGCCUAGAAG